GUCGUGACCCUUGCUCAAUUUUGCUUGGAGAGCAAACACAAAAGGUUGAACCUUGAAGCUUUCACAUUUUGACGGCUACAGAGGGAGAAAGAUAAAUUCGAUUUCUUUUCUCCUUUUGGGUCAUCUGGGGAACACGAAGCAACACGAAGGAAGUCAAACUCCGCACCGUUUCUGAAGACGAUGAUUCGUGCAAAGCAGAUUAGUAAUCUUUCCAGUACAGCGAGAUCCUUUUUUCUUGGUGGCACAACAAGAUCUGGUGCAGCUGAUGGAAACUCUUGUACAUCUGCCGACGAUGAAAGCUGCGUCUUGAGACGCCAGCAAGCCAGAAACGAAGCUGUACUGACUGGGAAAAGAGCUUCGACUUUAGCUGCUGGACUAGCUGGAAAUGUAUUACCAGCAGAGGCCAAGGUUGAACAUUUCGCCAGACCGUCUCUUCUUCCCCAGCAUGUUUCCUCUCCUGUUUUGCCUGUGAAACCAGAUUCUGUAACCCAUGUUCCCGUUAUUGUUGAGGAAGACACGGUGGCGCCUAUUGGGGAUCAGAUGUUCAAGGCUGGUAUUGGAGCUGUGAACUUCCUCUCGGAUAUAGCAAACUAUAAGAUCCCUCUAACCGAUGGAACUGAAGUCGUUGGUUUGCCUAAAAGCUGUAUGGUUGACCCUUCUCGGCCUAUUACAAGUGUUAAGUCUUCGAAUGUGAAAGUCAUCAGAAGAGAGGAUCUCUCUAAAGUCUACCCUAAGGAAGCUGAAAGAUCAGGCUUAAGGCAACCUUCAAGUGAUGUGGCAGGAAAGCCUUUUGAACCUCAGGAUUUACACACAACUACUGUCUCUGGAAAGAGGAAAAGCAUGCCGCAAAGAACCAAUACUGACUCUACCAGGUAUGCGUCUGGUGGUUGUGACUUUAACGUGCAUUCUUCAGAUGACAGGACGAUGAAAUAUCCGGCUGAAGGUUUCAGUAAGCCCUCAAGGGAAAUGGUGAGAGUGACACCAGGGACUGGUCCAACAACUAGGCAGCAUUGUAACUCUGGAUACGUUGUAGAGAAUGUUUCUAAUAUAUUGCGGAGAUUCAAAUGGGGACCUGCUGCUGAAGAGGCCCUUCACAAUGUCGGUUUGAGGGUGGAUGCAUACCAAGCAAACCAAGUUCUCAAGCAGAUGGAUAAUUAUACUAAUGCGCUUGGUUUCUUCUAUUGGCUAAAAAGGCAACCUGGGUUUAAGCAUGAUGGCCAUACUUAUACCACUAUGGUAGGUAACCUUGGUCGUGCAAAGCAAUUUGGUGAGAUAAACAAGCUUCUCGAUGAGAUGGUUAGAGAGGGGUGUCAGCCUAAUACCGUCACGUAUAACCGGCUUAUCCAUAGCUACGGCCGUGCAAAUUACCUCAGAGAAGCUAUGAAUGUUUUCAACCAAAUGCAAGAGGCUGGAUGUGAGCCUGACCGUGUAACUUACUGUACACUUAUAGACAUCCACGCUAAAGCUGGGUUUCUUGACAUUGCCAUGGACAUGUAUCAGAGAAUGCAAGCAGCGGGUCUCUCUCCUGAUACUUUCACAUACAGUGUUAUAAUAAACUGUCUUGGAAAGGCCGGACAUUUACCUGCUGCACAUAGGCUCUUCUGUGAAAUGGUUGGUCAAGGCUGUACUCCUAACUUGGUCACAUUCAACAUCAUGAUAGCUUUGCACGCCAAGGCGAGGAACUAUCAGAGUGCGUUGAAGCUCUACCGUGACAUGAAAGAUGCCGGGUUUCAACCUGACAAAGUGACUUACAGUAUAGUUAUGGAGGUGCUUGGGCACUGUGGAUAUCUAGAGGAAGCAGAGGCUGUUUUCACUGAGAUGCAGCGUAAGAACUGGGUUCCUGAUGAACCGGUCUACGGUCUUUUGGUGGACUUGUGGGGAAAAGCUGGCAAUGUGGACAAGGCUUGGCAGUGGUAUCAAGCAAUGCUUCACGCUGGUCUGCGACCUAAUGUUCCUACAUGCAACUCUCUUCUCAGCACUUUCCUUAGGGUUCACAGGCUGUCUGAAGCUUAUAAUUUAUUGCAGAGUAUGUUGGCGCUUGGUCUACAGUCUUCUUUGCAGACAUACACGUUGCUCUUAAGCUGUUGCACAGAUGCUCGUUCAAAUUUUGACUUGGGAUUCUGUGGUCAGCUAAUGGCAGUCUCAGGUCAUCCGGCACACAUGUUUCUCCUCAAAAUGCCACCUGCAGGUACCGAUGGCCAAAACGUGCGUGACCAUGUCAGCAACUUCCUUGAUUACAUGCACAGCGAGGACAGAGAGAGUAAGAGAGGUCUCAUGGAUGCAGUAGUGGAUUUUCUCCACAAGUCAGGUCUGAAAGAAGAGGCAGGCUCGGUCUGGGAGGUGGCUGCAUUCAAGAAUGUGUAUCCAGAUGCGUUGAGGGAGAAAAGCUGCAGCUAUUGGCUUAUAAAUCUCCAUGUAAUGUCAGAAGGAACUGCAGUGACAGCACUGUCUAGGACACUUGCGUGGUUCCGUAAGCAGAUGUUGGUUUCAGGAGAAUGUCCUUCAAGGAUUGAUAUAGUAACUGGUUGGGGAAGAAGAAGUAGGGUCACAGGCACUUCAAUGGUGAGACAAGCAGUUGAGGAACUGCUCAACAUGUUCAACUUCCCGUUUUUCACUGAGAAUGGGAACUCAGGCUGUUUUGUUGGAUGCGGAGAGCCUCUCAAGAAAUGGUUGCUUGAAUCAUCAUAUGUUGAGAGGAUGCAUUUGCUCUAGUUGUAGAUUAGUUGUUUUUGUUUUUCUUAUUUUUAAAGCCUAUUCAAUUAUUAGACUUUGGCUAGUCUCAGUGGCUUGGUUUUGUAUGUCAUAAGGUUCAAGGUUUAUGGUUAGUGAUAACUGGAGUUUUAUCUCCAGAUUUUUUUGUUAUCAUGUGGACAUUAUCUCCUCUUGCAAUGGGAUGUAAUGGGAGUAUAUA